CAUGACCGUAUCGAUAUUUAUUCGAAUUGAAGUUGAACCAAAACCCGACUCAACAUUAACCCGAACUCAAAUGGACCAUCUAUUAACCCACCCAAAACCGACUCAUCUAUCACAACCCGAACCUGAAAUUGAACUCGAUUUGAAUUUGACUCGAAUCAAACCCGACCCAUGUACGAAAAGGGGACCGACUCGGAACUGAAAUUGGCCCGACCUGAACUAAGACUUGAUUUGACCCGACCGGAAACCCGACUUGAAUACUCAAUUGAGAGCUCUUACAUACUUACUUCGUAUUAUAUCAUCACCUUUUUCUUUCUAAGGUAAAAAUCAUCACCUUCUCUCAAAAAAAAAAAAGGUAAAAAUCAUCACCUUCUUUCUAAGGUAAUUCGCUCCAUCUAUGUCCAAAACCCAUCUCCAACUUUUCUUUAAUUUCAUUUGGUUUUCUCCAUUUUUUAUAUUUAAUCAAUAAAUUUAUGAAUUAAGUUGUUAAGAAAUUUAUUUUUUGGGGUUUGAGUGGGCAAUUUUGAGUUGAAAUCAUGAAAUAAAUGAAUAAUACUACUGGUAACAAAUUUGCAUGUAUAUUGCUGAAAUUUACCCAUUCAUCUAUAAUUCAAAAGCACUUGAGAGAAUGGAUUUUAAGGAUUUGGAGUUUGUUGAUGAUAUUAGGAAAUCGUACUCAAUUUAUGGUGAGAUUUUAGUGAUGAAAUUGCUACAGAUUUUCCACAAUAAUAAUUGAACCUUGUGACUUUGUGAGUACACUUAUCCAUUCAUUCAUUCAUUCAUUCACACCAAUAAUUCAUAAACUCAUUUUUUCCCUUCUUCCUACCCUUAAACCCCCAAACUAAGAAUAACCCGUCAUUUCAUUCACAAUCACUUGUUUUUACAAAAAUCAUAUUUUUUUUUUUUUGAAAACAAACACAAAAUUGGAAAAUAGUAGCUGAUCUGAUCAAGGAUGGCCAUAGCCGAGACGUUUCUGUCUGCAUUUCUGCAGGUGCUGUUUGAGCAGCUGUUGACAACCGGAGGAACACAAUUCUUGAAGUUGAUUGGUGGUGUUGAUUUGCCGAAAACUAUCAAGAAAUGGAAGAUACAACUUACUAGGCUGGAAGCUCUUUUGGAUGAUGCUGAGCUGCAGCAAUUUCACAGUAAACCUGUCAAGUUAUGGCUCAAUGACCUCCAAGAUUUAGCUUACGACAUCGAAGAUAUCUUGGAUCAUUUCGCAAUUGAAGCCCAACGUUACCAGUUGAAACAGGCGGAGGAAGAUCAAGCUAAUGCACUUGAUGAUCACUCAAUCGCUGGAAUUUUAAACAAUAUGGCGCAAACCAUUCGUGCAAGUAGUUCAAGAGCUGCAAAUAGUCUCUCCACCUUGCUCAAACCUAUUGAUCAAGACAUUCAAGACAAGAUUGAUGACAUUACAGAGCGCUUGCAAGAUAUACAGGACCAGACACAUAGUUUGACCCUCACUGCAGCACACAUGUUGCAGCAGCAGAUCCUCCAAACAGAAUCUCUUCGAAGCCAGAGAGAAUCCACUUCUUUGGUAGGCAACGUUUUUGGAAGGGAUGAGAAGAAAAAAGAGAUAAUUACACUGCUACUGAAACAUGAUCAGAGUGGUGAAGGUUAUGUUGUGAUUCCUAUUGUUGGAACGGGUGGCAUUGGGAAGACGACCCUUGCUCAGUAUGUAUACAACGAUGAACAGAAGUAUGUAUACAGAGAUGAGCAACUCUAUGUAUACAGCGAUGAGCAGCAGAAGUGUAAUUUUGAUCUCAAGGCAUGGGUGUGUGUCUCGGAUGUGUUCGAUGUUAAAUGUGUCACGAUAGAUAUAAUUAACUCAGCCUCCCAGAGCAAUUUUGACUGUAGCAAUUUGGAUCAGGCACAUGUGAAACUGCAGAAAGUGCUAAAAGGCAAAAAAUUCUUUAUUGUUCUUGAUGAUAUUUGGAGCGAAGAAUAUGAUGAUUGGUACAAGCUGCAGGAACCUUUCCGACACGGUGCAAAAGGAAGCAGAGUGGUAAUGACAACCAGAAUUGAGAGUAUUGCAAUGAUGAUGGUUAAUAAUCCAACUCAACGCAAUAUCAUCAAGUUAGAAAGUUUGUCAAACGAUGAUUGUUGGCUUAUAUUUCAGCAACAUGCAAAUGUAGAUUCUGACCUCGCUGAGAUGCGGGAUAAUAUCAUAGAAAAGAUCAAUGGACUACCUUUGGCGGCAAAAGCUCUAGGAGGUCUCCUUAAAAGUAUUCCAGACAAGAGCCAACACCAAAAGAUAUUAGAGAGCAAUGUUUGGGGUGAGAAGAGCAGUGUUUUACCAGUUUUAAGGCUGAGUUACCAUCAUAUGCCAUCUCAUUUGAAGCGAGUCUUUGCUUACUGUUCAAUAUUUCCAAAAGACUACAAGUUCAAGGAGAUGAAAAUUGUCUUACUAUGGAUGGCUCAGGGCUUCAUACAGGAAACCCAAAUUGAAACAAUGGAAGACAUGGGCCAGAAGUACUUCAAUGAUCUGGUAUCAAGGUCACUAUUUGAAAAAAGUCCUUAUGGUGAAGGAGAGUUCAUCAUGCAUGACCUCAUCCAUGAUAUGGCUCAAUUGGCUGCAUGUGGUAUCUGUUAUGUAAUGGAUGUUGUAGAUACACAGAGAAAUCUUGGAAGAACUCGCCAUUUAUUUAUCACUGAGCAUGUUCAAACAUUGAGAAAUCAAAUCAUGGUUCCUCAGUUGCGAACUUUUCUAUGCAGCUACUGUUUGAUCAUUGACAAUUUGGAAUUCAUCCAAAGAAUGCAAUACGUACGCUCCCUAUACCUAGUGUCAGAGAAAAUUGAAGUUUUGCCAGAUUGUAUUGGUGAUUUAAAACACUUGCGUUACCUAAGUCUCAAAUUCAAAAGAAUGAAAGUGUUGCCACAAUCAAUCAACAAUCUUUGGAAUCUCCAAACACUGUGCUUGGAAGGCUGUUAUAAAGCUGUGAAGAUUCCAUGUAUAGAAUCGCUGGGAAAACUCCGUCAUCUGAACAUUGAUGAUAUCUCUUUAAAGGAGAUGCCGCUUGGAAUCGGGAAAUUAACAAACUUACAAACUUUGAAUACAUUUGUUUUGGCAGUUGGAGGUGGGUCCAGAGUAAGGGAGUUGGGGAAGUUGAAUCAGCUCCAUGGAAGAUUAUUAAUCGUUUCCGGGCUAGAAAAUGUGACUGAGGUUGAGGAUGCAGAAGAAGCCCAAUUUUGUAAAAAAAAGAAUCUAGAUGGGUUGAAUUUGAAAUGGGGUACUUGUACUAAUGAUGUUGAUGACAAGACUAGGAGAGAUGUGGUUGGGAAGUUGCGGCCUCACACUUCCAUCAAAGAGUGUGAGUUGGUUGGGUACAUGGGCUCGAGAUUCCCAAGUUGGUUGGGGGAUCCCUCUUUCAUUAACAUGGUGGACAUAAAGUUGAAAAAGUGUCUCAAAUGUGUAUGCUUGCCUCCAUUGGGGAAACUACGCUCGUUGAAGAGUCUGCUAGUUGAAGAUAUGGAUGGUAUUCAGGAGGUAGGUCUUGAAUUUUAUGGGAAUUGGUCAACUCCUUUUUCAUCUUUGAAGACUCUUCAAUUUUCUCAUAUGAAAUCCUGGGAGAAGUGGGUGCACCCAACUGACAACAACAACGCAUUUCCUAUCCUUGAAGAGCUUUCUAUUAAAGAUUGUUCGUCAUUGCAAGGCGAUAUACCUCCUUAUUUGCCUUCUCUUAGAACGCUGGAUAUUAAAGAAUACAUGCAACUACAAUCCUUAGAAUUGAAGAUUUUGUCUUCCUCAACUUCUCGUCUUGAUACAAUUGACUCAAGGUCUAGGGUAAGGGAGUUGGGGAAGUUGAAAAAUCUUUGUGGAACUUACAUCGUUGAUGUUGAUGACAAGACUAAGAGAGAUGUGGUUGAGAAGUUGCAGCCUUACACUUCCAUCAAAGAGUUUAGGUUAGAUGGGUACAUUGGCUCGGCAUUUCCAAGUUGGUUGGGAGAUCCUUCUUUCAAUAACAUGGCUCAUAUAAGGCUGAAUAAUUGUGUGAAAUGUGAAUGGUUGCCCCCACUAGGGCAGCUACCCUCAUUGAAGAGUCUAAGGAUUGAACAUAUAAAUGGUAUUAAGGAGGUAGGUCUUGAAUUUUAUGGGCAUUGCUCAACUCCAUUUCCAUCUUUGAAAACUCUACUUAUAUCUGGUUUGGAAGUAUGGGAGAAGUGGAUGCACCCACUAGUUGGUAUCAACAAGGCAUUCCCUGUCCUUGAAGAGCUUUCCAUUGAUUAUUGUCUAAUAUUGAAAGGUAAUCUACCUCCUCAUUUGCCUUCUCUUAGAACGCUGGAUAUCAAUGCAUGUAGAAAACUGCAAUCCUUGGAAUUGAAGAAUUCAUCUUCCUCAGCUUCUCGUCUUGCAUCACUCUCUGUUGAAUACUGUGAGUCUAUGGUCUCUAUUGAUCAUAUUCCCUUAACUCUACAACUGUUGUAUAUCAAUUGUUGUGAAAAACUAGGGUCUGUGGAAUUUGAUGAACAACCUACAAAUUUGUCUCCUAGAAGUGAAGACGGGAAUACCCCAAAGAGUGAAGAAAACAUAGGAGUUUUCCUAAAGGCUUCAUUGGAACUUCCUCUUCUCACUAGUUUGAAAAUAGAAAGUUGCCCAAGUCUAAGAUCAUUACAACAAAAUCUACUUCUCCCGGCCUUACAAACACUUGAGUUAUGGGAUUGCAAGUCUAUGGAAAGGCUUCCUGGUCAAUUGCUCAAUUUCACCUCCCUCGAACGAUUAUAUAUUCUUGAAUGCCCCAAAAUCCAUAGCUUAGCGGAAGGUGGCUUACCCAGAAACUUGGUAUUCCUUGAAAUAGAAGAAGUGAAUAUAAAGCAGGCAGUAACAGAGUGGAAAUUGCACCUCCUUCAUUCACUUAAAGCUCUUACGCUUAAAAAUGUAGGCAGCUCUGCAGACUCAGUAGAUUGUAUUCUGUGCCCACAUCUUUCUCUGCCCUCUUCCUUGUGUCUCUUAGAAAUCAGGGGUUUCCAAUAUUUGAGAAUCAUAUCCAAUGGGAACACCCUUCCGAACCUCACUCGUCUUGAUGUUGUGGAUUGCCCAAGGCUUGAAUCAUUGGUUAGCAAUUUUACCUCGCUUACAGAUUUAAUAACUGAAAAUUGCCCAAAAUUCCACAACUUUCCAGAGGAAGGUUUACCCACAAACCUGCGGUCUCUUUCAAUCUCUGAUACCAACACAGACAAACCAAUAAAAGAGUGGGGAUUGCACCGUCUUACUUCCCUUCAUUCUAUUUUUCUUACACUUGUAAAUGUAAGCAGCUCCUUAGAUUGCAUUAGCGAUUCUGACCUUCCCUCUUCCCUGCGUACAUUACAUAUAAAAGGAUUCCAAAAUCUGAAAACAAUAUGUUGUUCCACUCUUCCUGAAUUGUCCUCUAUCAGUGUCCUCUCUUGCCCCCGAUUCGAAUCAUUUGGUGACCAUGGCCUUCCUCCAAGCAUUGAAAGCAUUUAUAUUAAAGAGUGUGAGAUGAUACAACAACAUUUGAGAAGUGAUCCCGGUGGCCGUAUACUUACAGAGAAUGGAAGAUUCUCGUUGCCUCUGUCUGAAACUCAACCGAGCUCUGCCCACUCAACUGUUUGCUCAUGUUUAGGUGCUAAGAAACUCAAGAAACUGAGAAGCCUAACAGUAGUAAUAGCAUCUACAAUUAUAAGGGAAAAUAAAAGGGGUGCAACUAGUAUGGAGGAAGUAUAUUUUGACUCAGGUGACAAUCAUAUUGGUUCUACCCUUCUCGUGCUGCAGAAAGCCUCUCCAAGUUCAGACAUUCAUUCAAGGACUACUGUCAUUACGGCUUUGCAAGAUAAUCAGAUCCCUGGCAAAAUGUUCUGGUUACGCUGCAGACGUACCCCAAGUAGAAGAUUGUCAAAGCUUUAUUACAUUAAGCAACAGCGUAGCCAAGAUACACUGCUAAUUCUAGUCUUCUUUUGUGUAAAUUAUGGUCUGUUUUUAGUACCCUAAUAACCUGUAUUAUUCUAGUGAGUUUUCUGUUAAAAUUGUGGCCUUUUUAGUACCCUAAUAACCUAUAUUAUUAUAGUGAGUUUUUGUAUAUUUUGUUACUUGAGUAAUUCCGUUAAGUUGGGGUUUCAAACUUUCAAUACAGAAUCUAGUUUUUCAGAUUCAUUAGUGAAUCUACAUCUAUUUGAUUUCUGAGAUUCAUGUACAAAUUCAGUUUCUUCUAUCAUUUUACAUAGGGAAUUAUAUUUGACAGGAAUUGUUUAUGAAAUGUUGUGUUAUGAAAUUGCCUUUCUUCUUAGUUACUCCUUACAAUACUAGUUGAAACACUUUUAUUUGUAGGAUUGUUCAUAUGUAGUUGACAUGCUUCUAUCUUUUUAUUUUUUAUUUUUUUUCUAAGAUUACAACGAUUCUAUAUUGCAGAGUACUUUCUUUCACAUGUUUUGGGUCUCAUUUUUCCUCAAUUGAAAAAAAUCAACACAUGUAAUGGUCAUCAAAACCCACUAUACUACACUAAAAAGAGUACUCAUUAUCAAAUUUCACAUUAUAAAAUAUUAAAGUCGAUUAUUGUGCAUAAAACUUUGUCUCAGACGACAGCCAAUUAAAUCUCGUCAACUAAUUUAUGAGAGAAUAAAUUGUGAGCAUUGUUAGGAAUAAGAGAAUAAAUCAAAUAUAACUUCAAAUUUUAAAACCUUCCAAAUUGAAAUCAUUCUAAAACGAUUCAGUAGUCCAAUAUACAUACUACCAGUACAAAUUUACGACUUUUACAAAUGAUCAUGUCUCUUGUCUAGAAUAAGGUUUCUCACGAGUAUAUAGUUAAAUUCCUAAUUUGGUCAAUUUGCAUAUUCAUCGUUAUUUCUUAUUUUCCCUAACAUCAUCCCUUGAACGCACACGUGAAAUCAAUUCCAACAUAGUACAAAUACUUAAAUAACCGCCAAUUGAAUACUCCUAGUCAAUUCUCAAGUGUGAAGAUGUACUACUUUCCCUAGAGUUUUAACAAAAGUAGCUAAGUGCUACUCUCCCGGCUUUUUCCUAACCCUCUAGAUUCCAUUCUCCCUUACGUUACCAAAGUAUCCGUACUCCUUCCGUCCCCAAAUAAAUGUUUCAUUUGCGUUUAAUGCCACUUAAUCUCACAUUUUUAAAAAAAUCCAACUAACCUCUUCCCACCCGACGACUACAUGAUCUUCCUCACUAAUUUUAAAACAAAUAACAGUCAAACUCCAUUAAUUAUAAUCAAUCUACCCUAAAAAAUCUUCAAAACAAAACUCCAUUAAAGCAACUCAAAUACCUCCAUUGAAGAAGAAGAAACAACCCUUUUGAAGAGGACAACAAAAAAUGGAAUUAGAAGUUAAACGAAGAACAACAAAAUCCCUAAUUUCAAAGCUAAGUUCAGUAUCAGAUCAAACCCGAAUCGCAGCACUUUGUGAGCUCCGAUUACUCACCAAAAACGACCCAGAAAUCCGACCCAUUAUCGCCGAAGAAGACGAAGGUGCAGCAAUCUCUCUUCUAGCUGAAACCCUUUACUCUCCUACACCAUUAGAGCAAGAAAACGCUGCUGCAACUUUGCUGAAUAUCUCAAUUUCCUGUAAAAAUUCCAUCAUGUCAACUCGUGGGGUUCUCGAUUCUCUCUCCUAUGUUCUCUCUAGUCACCGCACGCACCCUCCUGCCGCCGUGCAAUCCGCCGCCGCCGCGAUUUACAGCCUUUCCGUUGAGGAGAAUUAUCGUUCUGUAAUUGGGGGUAAAAGGGAUGUUGUGUAUUCUUUGAUUGAUAUUGUAGGGUUUCGGGAAUCGCCGUCUCGGUCAAUCAAAGAUGGGUUGAAAGCGCUUUUUGGGUUGUCUUUGUGUCCUUUGAAUCGGCCUUUAAUGGUGGAAUUUGGGGCAAUUGAAUCAAUUUUUGGGGUUGUGGUGAGAGAUGGGAGGAUUGGGGUGAUUGAGGAUGCAACUGCUGUGAUUGCGCAGGUUGCUGGGUGUGUGGAGAGUGUUGAGGCCUUUCGAAAGGCGGCUGGUGUUCGGGUUUUGGUUGAUUUGUUGAAUCCUGAGACGGGUUCGAGUUCGAGGAUUAAAGAGAAUGCGGUUUCUGGGUUGUUGAAUUUGGUGAAGAUUGGUGGGGAGGAGGUUGGGGAGGAGAUUAAGGAGGUGGGUUUAGGGUUGGUUUUUGAUGGGUUAGGGGAAGUGGUUGAUAGUGGGAGUGAUAAAGGGAAGAAAAGAGCUCAAGCUUUGUUGAAGAUUCUUGAGGAUGGUAUGAGUAUGACUCACAAGGAUGCCAAUGAUUCCGGUUCGGAUUUGUAUUCUGGUCCUUUGGUAGAUACUUCGAAUUCGUUUUCGUAUUGAUUGUGUUAGCAUGAUGUUUGGUGAUUUAUAGUGUGUCAUAGUUAGGAAAAAAAAUAGACUUUCCAAGGAUGAUUGACUGAUAGAGUAUGUGAUGAAUGUGUUCUUGUUUUGCUCAAGAUUAUGAGAUUAGGGUGUAUAAAAGAUUUGCCUCAUUGUAAAUUCAUUUAUUCAAUGUAUCAUGUUAAACUUGUCACUAAUGCAAAUUCAAUGCCCGAUUCUUGUU